AUGACUAGUGCAAGUAUUACCAAUACUGGAAACGAAACCAUGAACCUUCCACAGAUGCGGUCGAUUUGGCUGGAUGAAGAUGAAGAAGCUGAAAAACUCUACGGUCUGCAGGCCCAGCAAUUCAUGGGAUCUGAUGAUGAAGAAAACCUAGGCAUUACUUUCAUCAACAGCGAUAAACCUGUGCUGAGUAACAAGAAAAACAUUGAGUUGCCUCCACUUUCACCAAAUUCACAUCCGUCUUGCCACCACAGGAGAAGUAAUUCUAACUCUGCAAAGUCUAAAGAAUCAUCGUCAUCAUCGUCCAGCGCCAACAAGACAAAUCACAAAAAGGUUUUCCUUAAGCUUAAUUUGUUGAAGAAAAAGUUGCUUGGUGCCCAACCGGACAUAAGAGGUAAAGGUAUCUCCACACCAUUUGAUUUUCAACAUAUUUCACAUGCUGACACUAGAAAUGGAUUCCAAGAUGAGCAAUUGCAGGAACCUUCAUCGCUGUCCACAGAGAUUAAGGACGACUAUACCUCCUCCUCAAGCAAGCGGGAUUCGAAAUCACUAAAUAAAGCUUUUGUCACUGAAAGGAUCCCUGCUAAUCGUGAAAGCAAACUCAUUUCAAGAUCGCACGAAAAUAAGACAUCAAGACUAUCAGUCGCGCGUUCGAUCUCAGUAACGUCCUCCAAUUACUCUAAAAACACACAAGGAAACAAUCAUUCCAUUAAUGGGAGAGUCGUAUCUACGUCAACUAUGGCUACAUCUAUUUUUGAGUAUUCCCCAAACGCAUCUCCAAAACAAUUUAAAAAUAAGUCACACGCUCUGGGUCAUAGAUACACUAAUUCCACGGAUUCUAGUGAGUCUUCGCUGGAUUUUUUGAAGAACUACAACUUCCCCACACUACUUGAAGAUAAGCCUAUUUUAGACUUCUUGCCUCGUUCUCAGAGGUCAAGCGCUUAUCGUAGCCUUUUAGAGACCCCAAACUCAAAUAAGGACUCAGCAAAAGCCUUCUUUCCUUCACGCCAAAGCCCUCUUCCCAAGAGAAGAAACUCUAUAGCUACGCCUUCUCCACAAUCUAAAUUUUCCUACUCUGACUCCCCUGUAAACCAUAGAAAAUCUUUCGAUGAUGUUCUUUAUUCUUUCAACCAGCUCGAGCCCCUGCAAACUUAA